ACACGCACGCAAACAAGCACGCGCGCCCGCGUAUUUUACUUGUGAGAAAUCACGUGUAUUCAUCCCUCGUAAAGAGGCGUGUAGGGCUGGCAGGGACUCAAACCCCCUGCAUUUGGAUCAGUGGAGGAGCCGAGAGCGGUGGCGCACGGAGAGACGGACAGGGAGGAAAACUUAUAUUAGAUCAACCAGGACUUUUCUAUUAGGCUAUUCUAUCCAUCCCUUUGACAUUUUCGGGGACUGCCUCUUUUCCACUAACACUGGCCGGAUUUAACUCGUGAAAGCGCUGAAUGAAAGGGAGCGAAACAAGGAGCGAGACCCUGAGAGAUCAGCGGGGAGAAGACUUGUCUGUACGCGGAGAGGAGAGCGAGUCUCCGGGCAUCGGCUGUGCGUCUUUGCGCGGUGGGGACCCAGGACCGAUUUUGACUGCGCUGUGGUUCUCCCCCGACGUACAAAAACGGGGUUUGGGGUGGGGGGAAUAACUUGACUUGCUUUUAUGUGGGGCUCUGGAGAAGAUCUGGUGUCAUUGUAACAGAAACGGAGGAAGUCUAUCGGAUCGUAUACACUCUGCUCCACGCAUGUCGGAAGUGGAGAGAGGAGGGCUGGAUGCCUGCGGGUUCGCGAGUCCUCAAGACGCAGUCAAGGAUUACCUCCUGCCCGGGCAUCGUUUGACGGAGUAACAGCGCAACAAAAAAAAAGGAGUGGGUCAUUUCUUCAUAUAUCUUGGCUUUCUUUUGGAGAGGGAAUGGCACGGUCGGCGCUGGAGAGAGGAGCGCAGCCGGCACAGGCGAGAGGAAACAGGAGCUGAAUGGCAGGAUGCACGCGACCUGAGCCCGCUCUCAGAUCAGUUCCAACUUCGCUAAAAAAGACUCUUCUGCUUUAUUUGUCGAGUUAAAAAAAAACUUGCCAAAAAAAAAGAAAACCUGUUGGAGGAGUUUAAAUUCGGAGUUUUUUUUUGUAUGCGUAAUUUUAUUUUUUUGUUGAGGAAACAAGGAUGCAUUGUGGAUUAGUCUUUAUCCUGUUCAUGGGAAUCCUUUUGGUGGCCAAGGCUCUCAAAAACGAUAAAUGUGGAGGCAACAUCAGAAUCUCAACCGCCAACUACCUCACCUCGCCCGGAUACCCCAUGUCUUAUCCCUCCUCUCAGAGAUGUGUGUGGGUGAUAUCUGCGCCUGGCCCUCACCAGCGGAUUCUCAUCAACUUCAAUCCGCAUUUCGAUCUGGAGGACCGGGAGUGCAAGUAUGACUACGUGGAGGUGCGAGAUGGUGUGGACGAGAGCGGCCAGCUAGUGGGGAAGUACUGCGGGAAGAUCGCUCCCUCUCCGGUCGUCUCCUCCGGAAACCAGCUCUUCAUCAAGUUUGUGUCUGACUACGAGACGCAUGGAGCGGGUUUCUCCAUUCGAUAUGAGAUCUUCAAGACGGGCCCCGAAUGCUCCAGGAACUUCACCUCCAACAGUGGUGUCAUAAAGUCGCCUGGUUUCCCAGAGAAAUACCCCAACAACCUGGACUGCACUUUCAUGAUCUUUGCCCCCAAGAUGUCCGAGAUCAUCUUGGAGUUCGAGAGCUUUGAGCUGGAGCCUGACCCGACUCCCCCUACUGGUGUUUUCUGCCGCUAUGACAGACUGGAGAUCUGGGAUGGCUUCCCUGGAGUCGGCCCAUACAUUGGGAGGUACUGUGGUCAGAACACCCCAGGCAGGAUCAUCUCCUACACGGGCAUCCUGGCACUGACAAUCAACACUGACAGCGCCAUCGCUAAGGAAGGCUUUUCGGCCAACUUCACUGUAAUCGAAAGGACUGUUCCAGAGGACUUUGACUGUAGCGACCCUUUGGGAAUGGAAUCCGGAGAGAUAACGUCGGACCAAAUCAUGGCCUCGUCCCAGUACAACCCCAGCUGGUCCCCAGAGCGCUCCAGACUCAACUACUAUGAAAAUGCAUGGACGCCGGCCGAGGACUCAAACAAAGAGUGGAUACAGGUGGACCUUGGCUUCUUGCGGUUCGUCUCGGCCAUUGGCACCCAGGGCGCCAUUUCCCAGGAGACCCACAAGAUUUACUAUGUCAAGUCCUACAAAGUGGACGUCAGCUCUAAUGGAGAGGACUGGAUCACUUUGAAGGAAGGCUCCAAACAGAAGGUUUUCCAAGGCAACACCAACCCAACAGACGUUGCCAAGACGAUGCUGCCCAAACCCACGCUGACGCGCUUCGUCCGGAUCCGUCCCGUUACCUGGGAAACAGGCAUCGCACUGCGCUUCGAGGUGUAUGGAUGUAAGAUAUCAGAGUACCAGUGCUUGGGCAUGCUGGGCAUGGUAUCAGGUUUGAUCGCUGACAACCAGAUCACUGCAUCCUCCCAUACGGACCGGAGCUGGGUACCGGAGAAUGCCCGCCUGCUGACCAGCAGGACGGGGUGGACCCUGCUGCCCCAACCCCAGCCCUUCACCAGCGAAUGGCUGCAGGUGGAUCUUGGCGAGGAUAAGCUAGUGAAGGGGUUGAUAAUCCAGGGGGGGAAGCACCGCGAGAACAAAGUCUUCAUGAAGAAGUUCCGCCUCGGCUACAGCACCAAUGGCUCCGACUGGAGGAUGGUGUUGGACACCGGCGGGAGCAAGCCAAAGAUAUUCGAAGGGAAUAGCAACUACGACACUCCUGAGCUGAGGUCGGUGGAGCCCCUGCUGACUCGUUUCAUCAGAAUUUACCCAGAGAGGGCCACUCCUGCUGGCAUGGGCCUGCGACUUGAGCUCCUGGGCUGCGAGAUUGAAGCUCCAACACUCCCGCCAACCACGCUAGUCCCUAGCACUACCCCGUCGGACGAGUGUGACGACGACCAGGCGAGCUGCCACAGCGGCACAGGUGAUGACUACGAUGUGACAGGGGUUACCACGAUGCCAGAGACCACUACUGCUGAAGAGGAUACAAUCCCAGAUUUUCUGUGGUUUGCCUGCGACUUCGGCUGGGCCAAUGACCCUUCCUUCUGCAGCUGGACAUCAGAUGACACUGGCUCUAGGUGGCAGAUCCAGUCAAGCGGCACCCCCACCCUCAACACUGGACCUAACAUGGACCACACAGGUGGAUCAGGGAACUUCAUCUACACCUUAGCGACAAGUCCCCAAGAGACGGAGGUGGCUCGGCUGGUCAGCCCCAUGGUCAGCUCCCCGGACGCAGACCUGUGUGUGUCCUUUUGGUACCACAUGUUCGGGCCUCACAUUGGCACACUGCAUAUCAAACAGCGCAAACAGACAGUUGAUGGACCGGCUGACAUCCUGCUGUGGAUGAUCAGUGGUCACCAAGGCAACCGCUGGAGGGAAGGGCGUGUCCUCGUGCCCCGCAACAACAAAGCCUAUCAGGUGGUGAUCGAAGGUCUGGUGGAGAGAAAUAGCUGGGGGGACAUUGCUGUGGAUGACAUUAAGGUUCUCAAUGGACUCAGCAUGAUGGACUGUAAAGAUCCUGACGUACCCACUGAGCCGAUGCUACCAGAGGAUCGCCUCAAUGAAAUCCUUGAAGAGAUCACCGAAUACCCAGACUUUGUGGAGACCAACCAGAUCAGCGGAGCGGGCAACAUGCUGAAGACGCUCGACCCCAUCCUCAUCACCAUCAUCGCCAUGUCUGCCCUGGGCGUCUUCUUGGGUGCCAUCUGCGGCGUGGUCUUGUACUGCGCCUGCUCGCACGGCGGCAUGUCGGACAGGAACUUAUCAGCCCUGGAGAACUAUAACUUUGAACUAGUGGACGGUGUGAAGCUAAAGAAGGACAAACUCAAUGUACAGAGCUCAUACUCAGAGGCGUGAGUUGGGACUGCAAUGCAUUGGUGUGACUGUAAUGAUGUGCAGAGCUCGCAGAGCGUGCACAAGACUGGCUGUAGGCAUAUCCUCUCGUAUAUCCACGAGUAGACAGGCUCAAAGGACUGCCAACAUCCUCAACUCGCUGGAUGAGGGACAGGUUCAGGAACCAAUGGGAGGUUUGGACUGAUCCAUGCUUUUCUCAGGAGCUGCAGUAAAAAGAACCCACCAGUAGGGGACACUGUGUACAAAUAAAAUACAGAAGAAAAAAAAAUAUGUACAGAUGAUUUAGAUGAUAUUUUAAUUUUCUAUUUUGAUUUUCAUUCAUUUUUACAAUCGGAUGCUGGUGUUGAGACCAAUUUAUUAAUAAUGUUUAAAGUAUUUAUCUUUUUUCUGGGAAAGAAAUGUUUUUUUAAUUAUCAGUUCACGAAAGCUGUUUUUUGAAAGAGACGUAUCAAAAUCCUAAAUGAACCAUAUCCGGCAAAACUGUAGAUUUGCCCUGUGGUGUGGCGUACAGGGUGUGCCCAUAACCCAUGACCCUAAAACACAUACCCCCUUUCCCCUUUGACCUGUAUCCCUCUAAAGUGAGGGUCCCAUUCAUGGCAACGUAUGGUUCUGACAGUGCCUUUAGUACAUUUCAGUUGGUCUCCUCUGUUGAUCUGGGUGUUUUUUUACUGUACCUGGCUUAAGUUAUGAUGACCGGAAACAGGGGCACAUUAUCUUAUAAAUACCUGCAAAACAGGAUAACAGUCUGUCACAGCUUUUUUUUUUUUUGUUGUUUUCUGUCCCCAAAAAACACACACUGUAAAUACGUUUUAAUAUAUUUUAUUGCCCUUCUUAAAGAAAGUAAAAAGUAAAAAAGCUGCAGUAUCCCUUUUUUCAUGGGUUCGUGUGUGUGUAAAUACAAUCUUCUGACUGUUUUGUGGAAGGUGAAGUGUUAUGGGUUUUUUAUUUUUUAUUUUAGAUCACUUUGCUCAGACGAGUAAGAUUUGUGUGAUAUUACAGCGAUUUCAAUGUGCAUUCAAGCCAUUUGUCAUCGAAAAAACACCCACUUUACGAAAACCACAUGUCGAAUGCAUCAAACGGUAACGAAAAAAUAACAACAAUCAUUGUUGCUUUGCUUUAGCUAAGA